AGUACAAUAUUAUAACAGCACAACAUAUAAUUGAAAUUGAGAAAAUAUAUAAUAAAAAAAACUUUGAGCACCCACCGCGAAGCUGCAAUUAAUUUUUACCGCCGUUCAUAACUGGUUGGCGCGUUUAGUGUUGGGUAACACAUUUGAAAUAUUAACGAAUAGUUGUUGGUACAGCCAAGGCUAAGCGUCAGUGAUCUUCAGCGCGAUAUUUUGUAAUUAAUUAUUUAAUAUAAACAAAGAUUUUCUGUUCUCAUCUUGUGCGUUAGUGAAACAAAAAAUUAAGUGUAUAAUUUUUGAUAGUCGUUCAGCUAUGGAGAAUUCGAGUCGUUCAGUUGCUUCUGGUGAAGAAAGCCUUAGUGUUUAUUUGUCCUUUGACGGUGAUUCCGAUGACACGCUUGCCAGCAAAUGGCAAUCGGCAAUGGCCUCGCAAACUAGUCACUAUUUAGAAAUGCAAAACAUGGAGCAGGACCUAAAACAUGACGAAACAUUGGAGGAGAAGAAGAACGAUAUGAAAUCAAUACUUGACACUCUAAUGAAGAACGACAUUUCCAAGGAUCAGGGCUCACCAUUGCGGCCCUUUGACAAAAGUAUUCUAAACAAACACAACGCAUUGAGCUCGACGCCUACAAAAAAUAUGACAAUGCCUGGCAUGCGUCCGAUUUCGACUGCAGUGGAUGCAGAAAAGGAAAAUACUCAGCCAGAUGAACAGAAUUCGACAUUGUCGUCCACCAUAGACGCCACAGUCUCCACAGUGAAAACCAAUACGAUGUUCAGCGAGGCAAAUAUGACACUUGACGAAAACUCUGUGAAGGAAAACAAUAAUAAGAGUAGUGUUUACCCUUUGAGCGCCAAUGUUGUGCUAGAGAAUAUAACGGAAGUUUCUGCUGAGGAGACGUCCAUUACCGUGCUGUCUGCUUCUCCGAUAGUUGCAGCUGAUCGCCCAGCCUCAAAUGAGAAGCCGUCCACAACUGUGCCAUCUGCUUCUCCUGAACGCCCAUCUUCAUCUGCUUCUGCGUUAACUGCAGUUGAUCGGCCAGCUUCAAGUGAGAAGCCAUCCAUAACUGUAUCGACUGCAGUUAAUCGCCCAAAAUCUAACGUGGAGCCGUUCAUAGCUAUGCCAUCUACUGCUCCAUUGGUUGCAUUUGAACAGGAAAUCAAAGCCAAUGAAGCUUCUGUGGUCAAUGACAUGGUAAAUGAAGUGUCCGAAUUGAUUGUCAAAGCUCUCAAGCUUACCGAGUGCUCAAGCAAGCCCGACAAAUCAACAAAGCUGCCAGCAGUUGCUAUGCCACGUCCUCGUCGCUCCUUCCUGCCCACAGCUAGUGGCACCACAUUCAAGCAGCGCAUGUCGAUUGUUGUGAAAACCACAUUGAAUAGUCCAGCACGCAAGCUAGCUACAGGUAAUCCCAUUUCUCGCCGUAGCUGCUUGCCCACGACCAAGGGUGGUCCCAUAGUGAAUAGUGCCUACCGCCAAUCCUUGUUGCUACGUUCCUGCACUGAAAAUUCCUCUUGCAAUGCAAUCGUCCUAAGGGCAAAAAAGCCAGCUGUGGGCGUAGCUACUGCUACAGCUCCAACAACACUUCAAUUUAAAUGCCGAUUGUGCACUGCCAGCUUCAGUGAGAAAAAGUCGCUGGAUAUGCACAUGGAUACGCACACGAAGAGUGCAUUGGCCAUGCGAAACAAGAACUCAUAUUUUUGCAAGUAUUGUGACAAGAAAUUCGUCCUGGAACGCGCGCUACACAUUCACCUGAUGGAGAACUGUGACAAAAUACCGCCAGGGGAGAAGCGUAAACUCUCAUUCACAGAGUUGAAUCACGUUCAAAAGGCCAAGCUGCCUAAGCUGACUAGCAACUCGUCAGCUGGAAGUUGCGACAGCUCUUCCAAGUCGCGUGCUAGCAUAAUGCAACAGUUAGAGAAACAGCCAUUCAUGGGUAAGUUUAAGCCUAGGCCGGGAAGAAAAUCCUUUGUUACAUUCUCUGCGCUUGUAGCCCCCAAAAGCGGUGGAGCUGCAGACUCAGCAGCCAAAGAUCAAAUGCAAAUGGUACCACCAUCGGUAAAGAAGGCUCCCAAGAGUGUGGCCCAUGCUGGUGUCUAUCGUACGCCCACGAAAUCUGUGCCCUGCCACAUCUGCAAGCAGUCAUUCAAGAGCAUACUCGACUACACCAACCACUGCCUGACAGUACACUCCAAGAAUAAGAAGCCGACCACAGCUAAUGCACUGAGUGCUCUAAAUGAAGAUUAAAUCAAAUUCCUAAGAUUAAGUUGUGUUUACUUUACUUAUUAUCAAAUAUACGAUUAAAUGAUUAAA